AUGCGCGAAGCAACAACUGAACGACGGAAGCGAGGUAAAGUGAGAUAUAAUGGAGGUGGCGUGAGGUUAAGAAGCAUUAAGGAUGGGCUGAGACUUGAUGAAUUGAGGCUAAUGAUAUCUGAGUGGAUUGGUGGUGAUGGAAGAAAUUAUGACAUUAAGUACACAGUGGCCUUUGAUGAGAAGACAUUGAUUGACCUUCAUGACAAUGCUGAAAUGUAUAACCUCUUUCAAUACAAUGGGAACAGCGGUCAUGUUGAAGAAAAUGCUCGUGAAUGUGACAAUGAUAAAAUAAGUGGGCCCCCUAAUGUGGAUAAAUCUAUCGGAGCUGAAGAUACGGAUGGUAGUGAGAUGGUUCAUGCGGAAUGGAGGGGACUUUUAACAGGAGUGGGCCAACGUUUUCCUAGUGCAGAUAUAUUUCGGGUGUCUGUAUACAAGUUUGCACUUGCAAACAAGUUUGUGGCCAAGUAUAUGAGGAAUAGCAAGGAAUUCAUGUCGAUGAGGUGUAAAGUUGAGGAUUGUCCAUGGAAGCUAUGUGCAAAUCAAGUGGGGAAGAGUUGUGAUGUGCUACGAGUGACGAAAUUUAUAAACCGGCAUGUUCAUUCUGCCCAAGAUAGCUUGGACGUGAUGCAUAAUGGAAGAGCUUAUAGAGCAAGAGAGAAGUCAUUGGAAGACAUAUAUGGCAGGCCUGAACAAUCAUACAUGCUCAUAUCAUGGGUAUGCGAAAGGAUAAAGGAAACAUAUGAAAAAUCAGUGGCUGAAUGGACUGCUAUUGGGAACUGGUUUGAGCGUGUUUUCAUUGCCUACGGGGCAUGCAUUGAGGGUUUAUUGGGUGGCGUGAGGCAUAUUAUGUAUGUUGAUGGAACUCACUUAAGCAGACCAUACAAGGGGACAAUGUUGUCAGCUUCAGCUUAUGAUGCAGAUAACGAGCUGCUGCCAUUUGCAAUUGCAAUUGUGAAGGGAGAAAUACUAGAUGACUGGACGUGGUUUUUCUAUAUGAUAAAAAAAAUCUUGGGUUCUGUGGAAGUAACGAUUGUAUCAAAUCGACACAAUGCUAUCAUCGGAGGAGUGGCAUCAAUCUUUGGGGGUCAAAGGCAUGCCUUUUGUUAUAGACACAUCAAGGAGAAUUUUAGUUCAGAAGUUAUGAAAAUGAAUAAGGGGCAAACAAGGACAAAUGGCCGAUCAAAGGAGGAUGCACUAUAUUUAUUGGAUAAAAUUGCAUACGCAAGGACGGAUGAGAAAUUUGAGGCAGCAAUGGAUGACAUGAGAUCCUUUUUCUCCAAGGCUAUUUGA